UAAGCUUUGUAGCACUGUGGUAUGACCUUAUCAAUAGAUACGUUGAUUUUACAAUAAAUUGCCCUUUGUCGAGUAACAGUGUGAGACAAUAAAAGACGAGCUGUGAAAGCAUUGUGAUUUAAAGGCCUGGACAGCUAACCAGGUGGAGGGAUGAGUCUCUCCCCUGUGAUUGGCACAGAAGUGCCAGAAACAGCUAACGGGGUUGUGACACCCAUCUCUUCAGAGAACGGCCCUCACAUUCCUGUCUCUGUGAAAUAUGGGGGGAGCAGAGUGCCCUGUCAUAGGGAGACAUCAGAGGAGAGGGCCCUUGGAUACACAGAGAACCACGUAGAUGUGGAAAACCGAGUUUACGAUGGCGAAGGCCGCUUGGACACAGAGAUGUGCAAUAAUGGGAGAACAUCUAGUUUAUCGUCACACAACUCUCAUGUGACAGACCCCUCCCUUCCUGCUGCCACAUGCACCGGAGACUCAGAAGACACAGAAUCAGGCUCCAGAGACACAGACAUUCAUGAGGCCUCUAACACGGUUGAGCCUCCUGGUGCAGCUCUGCUUUGGGACCCAGCACAGCAAGCAAACUCCAAAGAGUCAUCUCAGCGAGGAGGCCCUGCCACUACAGACAGGCAGCAGACCGAUACAGAGACUGCAGAUGGAGACACUGACAGCCGAGACGAGGAGGAAGAUGGAGAGAAGGAGAAACAGGAUGAGGAGGACGAUGAGAAAAAUGAAAAAAAGUGGAUUAAACAGCGUGCAGGAGGGAGAACAGAGUCUUCACGACACUACUCCUCCUCAGCUCCUGGUCCCAGCACCUCGUCCUCUUCCUCUCCUCCACCUCCACUUCUUCCCUCCGAGGACAUCCUCUGCCCCCCCCACGUCAUGGCCCAGGUCUGGGUACGCAACGUCCGGGGGAUGCAGGACAGCAAGAGCCUGGAUGAAAUCAGCCAAGCGUGUGGAGGUGGUUCAGGGGCCCGGGGAGGGGGCAGAGGUGGCCAGUCAGAGGGCAGACGGGCCACGAUCUCCUCGGCUUUGGAGCUAGAGGGGACGGUCAGCCAAGAAGGUGACCUGACUCACUUCAUCACCAAGAACCUGGAGCAGAAAAUUAAGAUGAGCUCCAAGCCCAGUCUGGACUGCAGUGACUCGGACUGUUCAGGUCCCAUCUACAGAAGCCGGGGGUUGUCACGGAGACCAGCGGACAUCCCUCCCAUUGAUCCUGCUGUUCUUUUGGAUCUUCAGAGACACACCCAGGACGUGGCGCACAGUGUGGAGAUGAUGAUGCGGAGCCUCAAUGGAACCAUCCAGAAUAUGACAGCUCUGAGUGUGGGCUACAUCCAGACCUACAGAGACUCAGUGGACAGCCUGGGAGAGUCUGUGGACAUGAGUAUAAAGGGCAUGUACACACUGAUGGCUCGCUGCGAGGAGUUAGAUCGUUCCAUGCAGCCCAUACACACCCUGGCUGCACAGAUCCGUGACAUCAAACGCACCCUGGACGCUCUGGAGACGAUCUGCAAGUAAACCCCACCUCCAACAUCAAGCACAUCCUGAACGAGGCCGUCUGCAAGUAAGCCCACCUUUCUGCAGGUAGAACACACACUGCAGCGAAGAUUAAGUGCACCUCUGGAUUCCUGGAACCAUUGCUACUAGGCAUGCUGGAUGAUUGGCGCUCAUAGUCCCUCCGCUUGUUCAUCAUUUGAAGAUGACCAUGUUUGUGUUAUGAGAGUUCAACUGAAUUGCGCUUGAUUUGCUCUCGGGGCUGACCUUUCUCAUCUUUUUUCAUUUUUUUUUUUUUUUUUUUUUUUUUUUUUAAAGUAACCUAACUUCCUAUAAUGAAGUUGUCGUGAAACAAAAUCUCACAAAUUAACCCGUUUUGGAGACACUUGGUCAAGUGCCACACAAACACAUGAGCACACACAUGAAAACAGAUCCUUGAUGAUGUGUGUGGGAAGAUACCCUCUUUUUCAACUUUACAGUCUGCGGAGGCAUAGUGUGUCAUAAUCCGUCCAGCCUGCUUUGUUCAGAUUGCACUAACCUUUCCUCCCCACAUGGGGGCGAUGUUUCUCUCUCUGGCUCUCUUUUUGCUGAUGAAGAGGCCGGUAUGAACUGCUCAGAAGAAAGUGACUUUUGCACAGGAACAGAAAGUCUAUUUUUUAAUUUUAUGCAGCAAAGAGGGGAGGGGAGCAGCGUGUCUGCCUGCCUGUCUGUCUUUUUUAAUGUUUAUUUAUUUAGUUUUCUCAUCAUGCUUGCUUUUCCAAAACUGCUACUCUGUGUCAGUGGGAACUGACCGGUACAGCCAGAUUUUUUCCCCACUGGUGGCCACUAAACAGCCCCACUGGAGCAUUUGGAGAUUAAGCUCAAAUGUUGCUUGAGUUUACACUCAAGAGGCACUGUCAGAGGUAAUGGAAGUGUUUUACCUUUUCUACUCAGAUUCUCUCAGACUGUUAAUCAAUUAACUGGCAACCUUUUAAAUCACAGAUCUGCUUCUCUAAUUUAAAGCUACUACUAGCCACGUGUCCUAAAACCUCACCUUCCUCCUCUGUGUCAAUGCAGUCCAAGAUGUUUUGGAGCACAUAACUAUACAAUAAAAUAUCUUGUGUAGCCUUCACAGUGGCUUUAAAUAUUUGAAAAGCUUUAGGUCCUGAUUUGACUUUUAAAUGUCAUCAAAAGUAAAAACACUCCAUGCAAGACUGAUACAUUUAGCCAACCUAAAACAUUUUCUCAAGUCAUUGAAAAUCUAAUUUAAUUUCCAGGCAUCCGAGUAGCUAACAGACUGCUCAGUGUCAUUAAUUGGGUUGUGUAAUUUCAGUUUUGAUUCAGCCAAUUUAAAGAAAUGGUCUAAUUUAUUAGAAUAGCUCAGUUGCAAAACACAUUUUGAAUCCAUUUACAGUAAUAGCAGCCAAUGUUCAACCAUAACAAUACAUUUUAGGUUUUGGCGGUGGAUACCUUUAUUUGGAACAUAACUCUGCAUUUAUUCUGCACUGACUUCAUUCGCAUCUGAUUCUUGGGGGGAGGGGGGGAUCCUGUAAAUUAAAUUCAAAUCUGUUAUGGCAUGCUUCUGAUUGUACACAAAGAAACAACAGUUAAAUUUCUGUGCAGCAUGUCCGAGCUUUUGUUUUCUUCAACAUUGAAAAGAUUGGACACAAAGUUUGGAGGAUUAAAUCUAGGAAACAUCGCUGGAGUCGGGACAAAGGCUUCUUUUUUGAAAGAAAGCAUGUGAACUAACGUGGACGCAUAUCACGUUUCAUUGAAGUGAGUAUUUAUUAAUUUACUCGAUGAUAAAAGCCACUGAAAGACUACAGUGUGGCUAGGCUUAGUUACUUUACCAACCUAAAGCCAUUUUCUCUCAUGGAGCAUUAUACUUGAUUAAGUGAAGAGACUGUGGUACGUCUGUCAUUGCACUGGUGGGUAGCCUUGUUGUAAAUUAUUGUACGCGUACUAGAUUUACCAACUUGUACGUUUACCUAUUACUGAUAGCAGCCAACAUGUCAUUUGGUGGAUUUUGGGAUGUUUCACCUACAAAACGUUAUCCGAGCAAUACUGCAAGCAAAUAAUUACACAUUUUAAUCUUGGCUCUGCAUUGUUGAACUGUCUCUACAUGCGGCUCUGCACCUGUUAAUGUGUUUUCACCUCUAUGGGAAAAGAUCAUGUUAUUGGCUUCACAAAAAGCUCAGAUAGCAUUCUGUGUAAAAUCUGCUCUUUGUCUCCUUGUCACUUUCAACCUUGUUGGCAAAGGUUUGUUAAAAUUGUCGGGAAGAACAUUAAAGAGGAAGGGGAGCAUCUUUAAAAAGCUUACAUUAAAGGAUAUAAUUAUACUGGUUAUCUUGAUUAUGCUGACGUUUACUCAAACAUGUCCGUGGCUAUAAAGAUAUAAAUGCUCUUUUGCAGAUGAAGGUAAAUGUCCAGAGUGGACCUUUUGGCAGUCUUGGUAGAUUUUUGAGGAGCAAAAGAAUCCUUGAGAUGGGAGGAAAUGUCACUGUUAAUAAUAUAAAUGUAUUAAAUUCAUUUUCUGUUGUACAAUCAGAUGCACCUGUGUAGAUAUGAUCUCUUUCUGUAACUAAAAAAAUGAUUUAGAUA